ACUGCAGUCCUCUCCAAGGUUUCUCAUAGUCAUUCACAUUGAAAUCCCACUGGGUUGUGAGUUUUUCUUUGCCCUUACGUGGGCUCUGAACCGAGGAUGUCGUCGUGGCUUGUGCAGCCCUUUGAGACACUUGUGAUUUAGUGCUAUAUAAAUGAACAUUGAUUGAUUUCUUGAUACUGUAGCACGCUGAUGUGUUAGUACGCUAAAACAAGAGUUCCUCAGUGUUCUCUCUUACAAUAACAAUGUUGCUACAGCUUGGUUAUUAUACAGGUUACAGAACGUAAACGAAGUAUCGGUGAUCGUUUUUGAAUGCAUUUUUUAAGUGAUUUGGAGGUAGAGAUGAUUGCUAACCUUAGCUGCAUUGCUCGUGUGGAGAAUGCAUGUAUGUUUAAGAGUUAUUUCUUUAUUCGUAGUCAUGUUUAAAGCAGCUAGUAUUUUUCCAUUUGUACUCUUUCUAUGCUUGUAUCUUGUGUCCGCAGAUGUCUGUGUAGUUGUCUUGAGGGGUUGGAAUGUGGGAGUUGAAGAACUCCGUUUUUUUAUCUUAUCUGUAUUAGAACAAUGAGGCUGUAUUCCUAUCUGGACUGUGUGGGCUGUUUUCGUAUUCCAGUUUGCUUUUCAGACCGCCUCAAGAUGCCGCUAUAAACGAACUGUAGGACUGGUCUCCUAAAGCUUUGGUAAAACUUCAUAAUAUUCCUAUAUUGUCUGGAUGGUCGUUCUUAUUCAGCAUAUAUGUCCUCUAAAGAACUUGGGAUUGACUGGUGACUUUAAUUCUCUGAGAGGAAGACUGGUCAGACGCAACACUAACGACCUAGAACAGGCCGAUUUUUAUUUGUUAGAAUGCAAAUCCCCAAAAAAGUGCAGUUCCUACUUAAAACGUCAGAUUUUUUAUUGCGUAUUCUCUUCAUGGAUUUCAACGCACGCCAAUUUUUUUAGUUUAAAAUCAACUCUUAAUACAUCUGUUCGUUUUCCCAUUUCCCACAUUUCCUGGAAGCUUCAAGAACAUCCACCAUAAUAUAAUUGUGUUGUGCCAGUGAAGGUGAAUGCCCAUCCAUCUAUCCAUUUUCUACCGCUUGUCCCUUUUGGAGUCGCUGAAGGUGAAUGAUAUAUUAAUAAUGUGAGUGUCCAGACAGCCCUGGUCAUCUGCAUACGACCAAAGGAUACGGCAACGCUGCAUUGAUAUUCCUUCCUUGGGGACCGCCUGUUAUGCAUAUGAUGGUUCUAGUACAUUAUCCCUGCUUUACCUGAGAGCUGGUCCGUCACAAAGCGCACGGGCGGUGCUCACACUUUGAAGAGUGUUUGCAACCCUCCGACUCCUUCAAGCCUGCACGAUGAACGUUCAGCUGGAGAUCAGUAUGACGCAGUUUUUAAUCAUCAACACUCCUCUUGCCAUCUUCAUCCUGGCCAUGAACUUGUUUUUUCUGUUUUGCCUGGGAUGGCCACAAGGCACCGAUAGACCCAAGCAGCCUUUGAGGUUCCUCUUGGAGCUUCUCAUCGGAUGCUCCUCUGUGUAUCUCGUCUUCUUGACGCUGACCUUCUUGACGAUGGGCGACAACAACUAUUGGUUGGUGCUUUUCUUUAUGCUUCAGUACUCUGUCAAUAUCAGCAUGAGUGGCUAUGUUUGGCUCAGCUUCUUCUACUUCGCCCACAUUGUCCCCGCACGCCGCGCUUUCUUCGACUGGCUGAAGAGGAAUAUCAAGGUGACCAUUUUCGUGGUUCUUCUUCUUGAUUGCCUCGUUUAUCUUCACGAAACCGUUGUGGAGAUUGCCAAGUCUUUGAUUUCCAAGCCUGCUAUCUUCACCGACGACAACAACGGGACGUGGGACCAGAUUCCUGACAACAACGGGACAAGGAACCAGAUUCCCGACAGUUCUCAGCUGAAGCUUUAUCACUUGGUUGUUUUCAUCAUCACCAGGGUUCACAUGCUGAACACUUUGUGCCUGAUGAUCUUCUCGAUCAUCACCACCCUGCGAUACUUGCAGGGUCACAUGAGAACGAUGACACAGAACGCAUUUCGGUCUCCAGGUCCAGACUCCGGAGCUGGUUGAGAGUCUGCGCGACCGGCAUUUGUCAGUGCGUGAUUUUCUUUGGCUGUGCGGUUUUUAUUCACCUGGACUCGCUCACCAUAAAAUUUGCGCAGUUUUACUUUGGGAUUGCCGUCCUUUCCACGGUCACCACUUUGUACAUCUUUGGGACCACCGUCAACCUGGCCGUCGGUCAAGCCGUGUAUCGGCAAAGGGCAGCGGCGCUAAGGCGGGCGCUCGGAUCCCUGUGCAGCGUUGGCACGGCAACAGAUGAUUCGACUUCUGAAUCAGCUGACAUGGCAAAUAGUGGAAAUGUUAAACGAUGAUUUGUUCAUCUAAAAACUGUUCAGUCCUUGUUCUGCUGGUCUUUCAUUUACAUGUUCACUUUCCUAGAAACCGAUACUGUCGCUACAACUUUAUUUGCAUCUCGGUUGGCAUUUGUGUGCUGGCACCAGUCAUGUGCCGAUCCAUACGGAAAUAUCGACACUGCCGAUACCAGAUAUUUAUGCUCUAAUAUCGAUUCUCAAAUCAAAAUAUCGAUAAUUCUGAUACUUUAGUUCAAACAUUUCCCACCAAGAGCUGAAUACUGAAAAGUCAAAGUACGCAAGGCCCUAUUGGUAUUAUUUAAGGUGCCUUAGUACAAAGCAAUAUUUAAAACAAGGAAAGAGAUAAAAUAGGAACAGCGAUAUCUCUUGGGGAUAAAUAGGAGCAAACAUGCAUGGAGGUCGGUCAACAUUACGAUAGUCCAGGUCUCGUAUUUGAACACAAAUUGGAAUUACUCAUGUCACGCCAAACUCUACAUAUCUGCGGUUACGUGUUACAAAUAAACAAAUAAAGCUAUACUUACAUUUACCCUGGGUUGGAUUCGCAGGACACUUGGAGCUUGUUGGGCUUCGGACAGCCUUCGUGCCCCGCUGUCCCGUCCACAAAUGUGCACUGUCAAGGAAUUGAGACGCAGCUAAUGUCAACAAUAGCCACAGUACUCUUUUAAAUCCUUUACUUUGUGCACUCUAAGUCUUCCUGUGAAUUGUCCCCUGAAGUUGUGAACAUUAAAAACAAAAUAAAAAAAUCAUACACUGAUACUGCCCUUGGUCAACACCACCAUUUUAUGGAUCGAUCCGGCCUCCCUCUACGUGUCGGGUAAAAACUGUGACAAUACUGACAAUAAGCAAACAUUAUAUUACAAACUACAAAAGCACUCAGUGAGCGCAGACCUCAACCAUUAAAGUCCUGAAUCCAGUGGAUGAUCCGGAUCACACACGGAAUGUAAUAAUCACGUCUAACUUCUCCCAUUUCUGACACUUCCUGGAAGUGCAAUGAAAAUGUGCCCAGAACUUUCUAAGAGAUCUAUACCCCUGUGAAGGAAACAUCAUGUCAGUGAUUCACUGUUUUUGUCUCUGUGGGUGGAGGUGGGAUAUUAUAUAUUUAUUUCACAUACGGCUGCUGCCGCAAGAAGCUCUCCUGGGUUGUGAUAAUAAAUUGAGUGAACAAACAAGAGUCAAAGUCUGUUGUAUCCUUUCUGAGAUGCUGGAAUGUUAAAAUGUAAAAGAUUGCAAACCAAAUAUGACAUCAGUUGGACAUGAAACUCUAAUCUGGCUGUGAGCAGGCUACUGUAUGAACACAUGUUGUAAAUUACACAAGUUGUAUUUAUAUUGGGGUAAUCAGAGUCGCCCAACUCUUCUAAAGUUGUACUUGUCUUUGUAGCGACUAUCUUUUCAGACUUUGUGCAGCACUACUUUAUCUCCGGUACCAUCGCUUGUUUUGGCCACACCCAUUUUCUGCUUCACCUUCUUCCUGAUGUUUGACCAUUUCUUCUGUUUCGUCCUGUGUGCGUUUCUCAAAGCAUUGACAGCAUCAUCAUCUCAGCCCUCGUUAGUUUGCAGGAAACACCUCCUCCUGACUUGUGAUUGGGCGGAGUGUGCAGAUCUCAGGCACACGGCUAAUUUCAAUAUGAUUUGCAUAUUUAAAAGGGGGCGUGGUACAUUUAAAUUGGGUGUUUACCCAAAUAAACCAGAAAAAACAUCCCCGGCCAGCUGGACCAAACAGACAACUGUCCAUGGAGUGAGUAACACUAUAUAUUGAUCAUGAUACACACAGCACAUCAUGCGUGUUAUUACAACUACAGAACAUACACUGUCUGGCUUGUUGUGUACAAACAAAACAUGAAAUAAUACUUUCAUCGGCGGUCACUCGAUAGAAUAUGACGAUCCUCCUGGCAGGGGUGUUUCCCUUUAUGGAGGAUGUGUUGUGUCACAUGCGGUCUGCAUCUUCCUCCGCUGCGGUUCCACCCAGAGGGCCCGCUGACAGCGCACCCGGACACGCCCCCGCGCUCAUCAAGCGGACCGCGCCCACUCUCCGCCGCAGCUGGCCGCAGUCCACACCUGUGACUGAUUAGAUUAGAUUAGAUAGUACUUUAUUUAUUCCAUCGGAGAGUUCCUUCAGGAAAAUUAAAAUUUUCAGCACAAUCCCAUUCAAGAUCAGACAAACAUUACAGGGAGACAGAACAGGAUCGCUGACGGGUCUGCCGGCUUCCAGCGCCCCUUACAAAAAAGAUGAGAUACAGGUAAACAAGGGAGGAGGGGGAUGGGAGAAAAAAAUAGAAGAUUAAAAUAAAAUAAAAUAAAAAUCGGUCUUAGCCUGGGCCCUGGAGAGGGGGUGCAGACUGAGGCCAAGGGAAAAAACAACAACUCAUAGCCAUAGUACACAUCCCUCUUACAUGUGUGUAAGAGGGAAACAUCAAACAUCAAAGAACACAUAGGACAUUAAAGACAUUAAAGCAGCAGAUACAACCAGACACUUCUACAUACAGCUAUGAAUAAAAAGUAAAAGAAACAUAUCCACUGCGGUGGCCUCUGCGGUGUCCCACGCAAUCGUCCGCUAGGGUGGAGGGAGCAUGGCCAGAGACAGGAGCAGACCCAACAAAGCAACCAAGACAGCCGACUCCACUCUCGGCCAGUGUCCAGUCCGCAUGGAUGAGCGAGGAUACGUCCAAGGUGACUGAGGUGUCCGACACCUGCUCACCCAGCCAAGACACCGCGAAGACUCUCCGUCUGAUGACGUGAGCUGCUUAAAAGACCAGUGGACCCAGGGAUCCUGGCGGGAACUUAGUUCUUUGUUGAAGUACCUUAAGCGAUCAUCCUGCUUAUUGCAAAUCCUGUUGUCCCUGUGUUCAGUCUUUCCGUGGUUCUCAGUGUCUUCUCCCCUGUCCCCGCAGAACUCUCCGUCACCUGCAAAGUGAGCUGUGCGUCUCACUCUUCCCCGGAUCUCCUUCGUCCCUCGACUCCUCGCUUCCUUCCACGGACUACCCUGCCUGUGCCCUUGUUGGACUGCAUCGCGUCUCUCAACACGCACCUCCAACACUUGGUCUCCCUUGUGGAGGGGGUCCGGUCCGAUGGCCAUGGAUGAAAUACUGGCUGUCCAGAGUCGGGACCCAGGAUGGACCGCUUGCCUGUGUAUCGGCUGGAGACAUCUCUGCGCUGCUGAUCCGCCUCCGCUUGGGAUGGUCUCCUCCUGGCUCCGCUGUGGACGGGACUCUCGCUGCUGUGUUGGAUCCGCUUUGGACUGGACUGUCGUGGCUGUGUUAGAUCCACUAUGGAUUGAACUUUCACAGUAUCAUGUUAGACCCGCUCGACAUCCAUUGCUCUCGGUCCCCUAGGGGGGGGGGGUCCUCACCAAGGUUCUCAUAGUCAUCAUUGUCACCGAUGUCCCACUGGGUGUGAGUUUUCCUUGCCCUUAUGUGGGCCUACCGAGGAUGUCGUAGUGGUUUGUGUUGUGGUUUGUGCAGCCCUUUGAGACACUAGUGAUUUAGGGCUAUAUAAGUAAACAUUGAUUGAUUGAUAAUAAGGUAAGAUUAUAAGUAUUUCAUUUUUUUUGCAUUCUAAAUUGUAAAUAAAUACUAGCAAAAGUCAGCUAACAAUGGUGGUAAUGGGAUUCAAUCUAAUCUGCCUAUUAAAUGAUCCAAAAAAACUCCAUCAAGGUUUUACAUACAAACUUUAAGUAUAUAUGUAGUAUCUAGCAACAUUCAUAUAAACAUGUAAUAUUUAUAUAUUUUCCUGAUUUUAAGCAUACGGUGGCGUAUUAAUUUCACCGACACAUCACAACGUUCACUUUCCCUUCAACAACAACAACAAGACUACUAAUCAUGGCAGACUCGAUGAGAGACAACAAAGAAUACUUUGGGACAAAUGAUGAUCCAGAAACUUCUAUUUUUGAGCCUGAAUAUAAUGAGGAUGAUCUACAAGUUUUAGAAGCUGUGUGCUAAACAGAUGCAGCUUUAGUCAAACACUAUGCAUCAUGUCGCAGUAUUGUUUAGUGCUAAACAAGACAUACAAACAUAAUAAUACAAUCACUUACCGUACAAUGUCUGCUCUCACUGGGAUAAAGACUGAGGGGAUGUUUAUAUCUUCCCCUUUCCACCAACAGUUCAUCAUAAUCUUUACAAAGCGUUUAAAUUAAUUGUUUUUUCAAGUCUUUGUGUUUCAGGUGUCUACCCUGAGAUCGGUAGGUUGUGAGUUCAAACCCCGGCCGAGUCAUACCAAAGACUAUAAUCAAUCAAUCAAUGUUUAUUUAUAUAUGGACCCAUUACCUCCCUGGUUGGCACUCAGCAUUAUCUAAUCUGCCUAUUAAGUGAUCCAAAAAAACCUCCAUCAAGGUUUUACAUACAAACUUUAAGUAUAUAUGUAGUAUCUAGCAACAUUCAUAAUAACAUGUAAUAUUUACAUAUUUUCCUAAUUUUAAGCAUACGGUGGCGUAUUAAGUCCACCGACACAUCACAAUGUUCACUUUCCCUUCAACAACAACAACACUACCAAUCAUGGUCGACUUGAUGAAAGACAACAAAGAAUACUUUGGGACAAAUGAUGAUCCAGAAACUUCUAUUUUUUGAGCCUGAAUAUAAGGACGAUGAUCUACAAGUUUUAGAUGCUGUGCGCUAAACAGAUGCAGCUUUAGUCAAACACUAUGCAUCAUGUCGCAGUAUUGUUUCGUGCUAAACAAGACAUACAAACAUAACAAUACAAUCACUUACCGUACAAUGUCUGCUCUCACUGGGAUAAAGACUGAGGGGAUGUUUAUAUCUUCCCCUUUACACCAACAGUUCAUCAUAAUCUUUACAAAGGGUUUAAAUUGUUUUUUCAAGUCUUUGUGUUUCAGGUGUCUACCCUGAGAUCGGUAGGUUGUGAGUUCAAACCCCGGCCGAGUCAUACCAAAGACUAUAAUCAAUCAAUCAAUCAAUCAAUCAAUGUUUAUUUAUAUAUGGACCCAUUACCUCCCUGCUUGGCACUCAGCAUUAAAGGUUGGAAUUGGGGGUUAAAUCACCAAAAAACGAUUCAAUUAAAACAAGUUUUAAUUGAGGGCCACAUCACAGUGAUGUUUGCCGUCAGAGGGCCACCUCUAACAGUGAUUACACAAUAUCCUAUGCAUUUGAUGAUUUCUUGGGGGCGGUAUAGCUCGGUUGGUUCAGCGGCCGUGCCAGCAACUUGAGGGUUGCAGGUUUGAUCCCCGCUUCCCCCAUCCAAGUCACUCCCGUUGUGUCCUUGGGCAAGACACUUGAGCCACCCACAAUGGUUUAAAUGGGAAAAUUAGAUAUUGAGUUUCACUAUGUAAAGCGCUUUGAGUCACUAGAGAAAAAGCGCUACAUAAAUAUAAUUCACUUCACACUUCACUUCUUUUUUUAUGUACAAUGUAAAAAAAAUGAAAAAAUAAAAAAGGGGUCAAUUUUACAGUAAAAAACAAAACAAAAACUGACAGGUAAGUCGCCAAAAUGUUACCGUAAAAAUUUACAGUGUUUUUUUUUUCAGCAUGUUACUGUAAAUGGGGAAAAACAGUACCAAUGUGUUGCACGGUACACAACUGGCAGCUCAGUCAAUAGAAUGCUACAGUGUUUUUUUUUACUGUAAAUAUGAAACUGCAUUUUAUAUUUUAUAACUGCAAUUUAGUAAAAUUCUGGCAAUUUAGCUGGACAGAUUUUACCGUUAAAAACGACAACUGUACAUUUUACCGUGCACGGCUGGAAAAAAGUGAAACAACUGGCAGCUCAGUUGCCAGCAUUUUAUGGUCAAAAAACAGUAAUACUGUUUUUCCAUGUACAGUAAAAUGCUGUAAAACCACAUUAAAUAUCAUUAAGUCGCUGUAAAAUCUAUUUAUUAAAUUUGACAAUUUGAUGAAUAACUUCCUUUGAAAUCACAAGUCGAGCAGAUAAAACUAUUUAUUUCUCGUUGAACAAAAACAUUGUUGGAAUGUAUGAUCAUAUAUUUGUUAUAUUAUAAUAUUUAUGUUGAAGAAAUAUGUGAUAACUUUGAGUACCGUAUUUUUCGGACUAUAAGUCGCAGUUUUUUUCCAAGUUGGCCGGGGGUGCGACUUAUACUCAGGAGCGACUUAUGUGUGAAAUUAUUACCACAUUACCGUAAAAUAUCAUAGAAUAUUAUUUAGCUCUGAGACUAGACGUAUAAGAUUUCAUGGGAUUUAUGGAUUAGGAGUGACAGAUUGUUUGGUAAACUUAUCACUUGUUUUAUAUGUUAUAGUUAUUUGAAUGACUUUUACCAUAAUAUGUUAGGUUAACAUAGCAGGCACCUUCUAAGUUGGUUAUUUAUGCCUCAUAUAACGUACACUUAUUCAGCCUGUUGUUCACUAUUCUUUAUUUAUUUUAAAUUGCCUUUCAAAUGUCUAUUCUUGGUGUUGGGUUUUAUCAAAUAAAUUUCCCCCAAAAAUGCGACUUUGAUCCACAUUUAGUAAGAAAAUAUGUUUUUAUAUGCAACUUAUACUCCGGAGCGACUUAUAUUCCGAAAAAUACGGUACAUGUAUUUUGUCUUUAAGUAGAAAAUACAUUUAGUAAGAAAGUAUAAAGUACUUUAAAGGCCUACUGAAAUGAGAUUUUUUUAUUCAAACGGGGAUAGCAGGUCCAUUCUAUGUGUCAUACUUGAUCUUUUCGCGAUAUUGCCAUAUUUUUGCUGAAAGGAUUUAGUAGAGAACAUCCACGAUAAAGUUCGCAACUUUCGGUGCUAAGAGAAAAGCCCUGCCUCUACCGGAAGUAGCAGACGAUGACGUCACAAGUUGAUGGCUCCUCACAUAUUCACAUUAUUUUUAAUGGGAGCCUCCAACAAAAAGUGCUAUUCGGACCGAGAAAACGACAAUUUCCCCAUUAAUUUGAGCGAGGAUGAAAGAUUUGUGUUUCAAGAUAUUGAUAGAAAAAAAAAUUAUUAAAAAAACGAAACGCGAUUGCAUUGGGACGGAUUCCGAUGUUUUUAGAGACAUUUACUGGGAUAAUUCUGGGAAAUCCCUUAUCUUUCUAUUGUGUUGCUAGUGUUUUAGUGAGUUAAAUAGUACCUGAUAGUCGGAAGGGUGUCUCCACGGGUGUCUUGACGCCAGUGUCUCAGGGGAGUCGACGGCAACUAUGGACGACACAAGCUCAGCUUUUCUCCGGUAAGAACUGACUUUUUAACCACAAUUUUCUCACCGAAACCUGCUGGUUGACAUGUGGUCGGGAUUCAUGUUCUCUCUGAUCCAUAGUAAAGUUUCACCUCCAGGAAUUUUAAACAAGGAAUCACCGUGUGUUUGUGUGGCUAAAGGCUAAAGCUUCCCAACUCCAUCUUUCUACAGCAGGGGUGCCCAUUACGUCGAUCGCGAGCUACCAGUCGACCGCGGGGGGUGUGUCAGUCGAUCUCCAGCCAGGCUUUUAAAAAAA